AUGCCGAGGCGGCACAUCGAACGACGCAGCCCGAAGGCUCGAAGUUCAACACUGACGGUCAUGGAUGAUGUAUUCCAGUGGACGUUCCCCACCGAAAACACAUACCCGCAAGUACCGGAUGUAUUCGAGCAAGCGCCUACUACUAUGCACAAUGGACAUGCACAGCUUCCCCCUGAUCUGAUGCCCUCGUCCUUCAAUCAGUAUGACACCGGGAAUCUCAUCCAGCAUGCCAACACUCACCAGAUUCCCUGCCCCAGCACACCUGCUUGCCAACCUCAUUUCUACAUUGAUCCAGCCUCUGGUCUUCGUCGGUCCCCUCGAAAAACGCGCCCGGAUGGCUACAACAUCGUUCCGUUGCAAAUUCAAACCACACCGAGCCACCAACCUCAUUGGGACUUUCCUGCAGCUGAGAGCACUGCACUGACACCUGUGAAAAUUCCUGCACGACGUGGACGCACACGAGUGACUCCGAAGCCGAGAGCCUCAAAGAGUGUCCCCGAGUCCCUCCCCAAGUCCCUCCCCAUCCCAAAACCAAAGGUAGUCAGAGGCACGGGAAGCAAAUCGGGUGAAGGAAAUAGACAUACCUCGGGAAAUUCAGAUGACGAGAUCUCGAAGCUUGCAGAGAGCCAGCUAAGCCGGGCUGAUCUAAAGCUUGAAGCCAAUGGACUUGGAGCUACAUGUCAUGAAUGUUACCAGCUGCACCUAAAUUUCGAUUAUCAAACCCUAAGUCACCUUAUCUGA